AUCGCUUACAUUGCAAAAAAUACCACCAAGGGCAGUGCCCCCUGGCCGAGCUAAUUAUUCCAAACCCUAAGCCUAAGAGGUUGGGUUUCCCAGAUAUCAUGCACCAAAGCAACAAAGUACCCAAUAUCCCUACCUCUGCACCAUAGAGGCGGAUACCCAAGAGCUCUCACUAUCGAGUUUCGAUUUCAAUUAAGGAUCAAGUCUUCCAAAGACAAUGACAAAAUUCCUGGUGGAUGAUCGAUUUAAAGAAACCCAGGACCAACAACUAAAACAAUGUAUUUUGCAUUCAUGACAUCAUUAUUUAACAUGAUACAUCAUAGUGUCAUUUCUAAAAAAACAUGUGCAUCUUUACUUUACACAUGCAUUGAGCAUCUCAUCAGAACCUCAGAAGUUGUCUGUUUCAACUUUCAAAGUCUACCAAGAUCCAAGAAAAUAUCGCAUCUAAUUUCGUACUAGAAAACCUGAAGUCCCCGCGUCGGCGAACGCUAUAUAAACACGUCUCGCGUUGGCAAACGCUAUACAAAACACGUCCUCGCGUUGAUGAACGCUAUAUAGAAGCACGUGCCCGCGUUGGCGAGCGCUAUAUAAACACGUCCUCGCGUUGGCGAGCGCUAUAUAAACACGUCCCCGCGUUGGCGAGCGCUAUAUAAACACGUCAUCGCGUUGGCGAACGCUAUAUAAACACGUCCUCGCGUUGGCGAACGCUAUAAAAACACGUCCCCGCGUUGGCGAGCGCAAUAUAAACACGUCCCCGCGUUGGCGAGCGCUACAUAAACACGUCCCCGCGUUGGCGAACGCUAUAAAAACACGUCCCCGCGUUGGCGAGCGCUAUAUAAACACAUAGACCAUCUUGGCAACUUGUUCCGUCGACUAUGACGGACACAAAAAAUUACAUGAUAAAUUUGUUUCGUCAACUAUUACGAGUAAAGCAAAACUUGUUCCGUCGACUAUCACGGACAUUACAAAAACUACCUAGCCAAUUUGCUUCGUCGACUAUCACGAGCAAAUUAAAACCCCCCUACUAAAUUCGUUCCGUCGACUAUCACGGGCAAUUUAGAAAUCCUAGUCAAUAUGCUUCGACGACUAUCACGAGCAAAUUAAAAAACCCCUUCUAAAUUUGUUCCGUCGACUAUCACGGGCAAUUUAGAAAUCCUAGUCAAUAUGCUUCGACGACUAUCACGAGCAAAUUAAAAAACCCCUUCUAAAUUUGUUCCGUCGACUAUCACGGGCAAUUUAGAAAUCCUAGUCAAUAUGCUUCGUCGACUAUCACGAGCAAAUUAAAAAACCCCUUCUAAAUUUGUUCCGUCGACUAUCACGGGCAAUUUAGAAAACCUAGUCAAUUUGCUUCGUCGACUAUCACAAGCAAAUUAAAACCCUCAUGAUAAACUUGUUUCGUCGAUUAUCACGGACAAUUUAAAGAACCUAGUCAAUUUGCUUCGUCGUCUAUCACAAGCAAAUUAGACCCCUGCUAAACUUGUUCCGUCGACUAUCACGGGCAGGGCAAAAAUUACCUUGUCAAUUUGCUUCGUCGGCUAUCACGAGCAAAUUUAAAACCUCCUUCUGAAGUUGUUCCGUCGGCUAUCACGGGCAGUUUAGAAAACCAAGUCAAUUUGUUUCGUCGGCUUUCACGAGCAAUUGAAAUCCUUCCUUCUAAAAGUUGUUCCGUCGAUCAUCACGGGCAACCUAGAAAAAACUUCACCCACUCUGCAUACCGCAAGGGGGAACCAAAAUCCCAAGUCUGCUCUACCGCCAUGGGAAUAAAUCUAUACCCACUAUGCUCACCACACCGGGCAACCAAAUUCCAAAGUCUUCCCUACAGCCACGGGAACAAAUCAACAACUCACGGGAGCUGAGGAGCGCCCCUACCAUUCAAUACCUCACGGGAGCUGAGGAGCACCCCUGCCAAAUCAAUACCUCACAGGAGCUGGCGAGCCCCUCUAUCAGUCAACAACGUACGGGAGCUGAGGAGCGCCCCAACCAUUCAAAACCUCACAGGAGCUGGCGAGCCCCUCCAUCAGUCAACAACGCAUGGGAGCUGAGAAGCGCCCCUACCAUUCAAUACCUCAUGGGAGCUGAGGAGCGCCCCUACCAUUCAAUACCUCAUGGGAGCUGAGGAGCACCCCUACCAUUCAAUACCUCACAGGAGCUGGCGAGCCCCUCUACCAAUCAACAACGCACGGGAACGUCAUGAUCUGCAUUCGUGACGCAAACAACUACAAGCAGUACUCACAACACUCAUGUAUCACUUUCUGAAUAUAUAACAAAAUCGACA